AUGGAUGACCUCGACACGCCAGCGAGCCAGAAAGGUGCGUGACGCCGGUUUUGUGGUCGGCUACAUCGUAAUUUCUGUCACAAAACGUCCUUUGCCACAAAGGAUCAUAUUGGUUACUUUUAGCCCAUCGGGUGUAAAGCCUCAAGGGCCGAACUGCUGCCCGAAAACUAGUGCAUGCGAUGUACCUACAAGUUUAUGCUCCGAUCACAGCGGAAAACCUCGGUGACUCGACCACUUGACUAGCUGACUGAAUGACACAGUACCUUUUCUUACACUACAGAUAUGGGAAGAUAAAGUCGGAAGCAGGAGUAUAUGUAAAACAAGGACGGCAACGAUCGGGUGAAGGACCCCAAACACACACACACACGACCAUCCAAAGGGGCCUGUCUGACGGGGACAGAUGGUAAUAGGGGUUUUACGGGCGGGGCCUAUGCAUGCAUAGAGGAAUGGCCAAAUAAGUAUAGAAAAUUGGUGAAUUCGUUUUUCGGGCGGAAAAGUUUUAAUGCAUUGACAUAUAGCAACCGAAGUUAAGCAGGACAAUUAAAAAGUGAACAGUAAGUGUCUACAACGAUCGUUUCUCAACUCUCUGAGCCGAGAUCAUUGUAGAUGAUGCACUAGACAGUCUACAACAAACGACCCAAACUUAUACGAUGAAACAGUAGACUGAAAUAAUCGUGUCGGACUAAAACCCACUUAAAUAAGUGUAAUAGGUAUUCUUUUGUGCCACAGAUGUUUGGGUCCUUCACCCGAUCCUUACCCAGUACUUUUCAACAAAGUGCAUCCAUAAGAAACGGGCACUUCUCCGGGAAUCGGUUGGCUGCCUUGGUUAAUUUUGACUACCAAUGCAAGAAAAAGUUCGAUUAGCAGUCGUGAUCAAUCGAUCAGGGAAACAAGACGCGUCAAAAACGUUUACGUCUUUUGCAAAUGGAAGCUUUGGACGCCAGGGUUGCCCCGUUUGUCGUCUGUGUUAUGUAGAUUGGAAAAGCUGUAACCUGGGGCUUCCUGAAUACCGGUUCAUCGCCCGCCUCAGACCCAAUUGUCUGCCUAUCUUCCCGUCCACAGGUGAGGCCAAAGCCAAACACUACGCCUUCAGUCCUGUUGCUGCCUCAUCCCAUGGUGCGCAGGCAGCGUCGCGUCGCACGUACACACGAACCCAGCACAGGUGCGCAUGCACCCAGAUGAUGCGACCCCCUUCAUGAUGGCGGCAUCAACAGUGGCGCCGUACACGCAGUCAGUCAGCCGUCCGGCUUAUGGUAUGUUUUCCAAACACAUUUCUCCUCCACCGUUACGCCGAUUUGAAAGCUAUAGUCGCCUCUGUACUUUCGGGGCCGUCCCUGGACAAAUUAGAGGUAGCAAAAGGCCCCGGGACCGGCCACAGCUCUAAGGAUUUGAGAUACCAUCGACGAUGUGACCCUCACCGUUAAUCCUGACGCUAAAGAACUAGGUACAAGAGGGAUUUAUCUUUCUUUAUUUCUUCCUUCCCUCAUCCCCUCUCCUGCUCCUUUAAGCUCAUUAAGUUUUGUCAUUGAUCCUUGCUAAUUACUGUUUUAGUGCUUCGCUUCACUAAACUGGCAGAUGUUUGGCUAAGAGGUGAUAUACUAAGCAGUGGCAAAUUCACGUACGCUCUAGAUUCGUACGUUGGUUGCAGAUCUGCAGAUACUAGGUCAAUUAACGGUCAACACCAAAGAUGUGCCGAAACUGGAGUCAUUCACGUCAAUGCUUUGCGGAUUUCGGCGAAGUAGAGACAGAAGUAGGUAACCCCGUCUUACAGGUGGUCUUGCGCUAGAUUCAAAGGGACUAAGAUUAGGGUCAGGACACGGGAAUAGGUAGUCCCCCCUCUGGAAUUUAGCGUAGGACCACCUGUAAUACGGGAGGCGAUACCUAUUCCCGCGUACAAACUUCGACUACUUCGCCUCAUUUAAAGUCACUGGGGCCAACAGUUAUCAAGGACAUCGAAGACCCCUCUUGCUGUCAAGUGACUGUCCCUCAUCCUCGGUGACCAGAUGCCAUCAACCUGCCAAAACAUAAAGGCCAGUGCCAUUGUCGAAGUCUUACGCAGUCACUGGGUCACAAUCUUCGACGUCCAUUUCACCAUUGCGACUAACUGCAACACCCAGUCCGGUUUCUUCCAAUCUCUCCCAAACCUUUUAGGCUGCACCCAGAUCCUGACAGCGGCUUAUCAACUCCGUACCGAUGAGGUGGUGGAGUGGUUUUACUACCAGAUGAAACUGCUCUACGUGACGUGGGAGAUACUGGGCAACAGACUAGUCACCUUCCCAUGAUUUUUCAUUGCAGUCAAUAAACCCGGGCAGUUCGACUUUACCCACUUCUCUGUUGGGCCGGUGUUUAGCAAUACGACCUGCUUCCCAGGGACGAGUUUCUACAAUAGCUCCCUGUGCGAAUGGAGACCCCGACCACUUUCUUCAGGGCUCUCGUCAAUUUAUGCAGACUAUCUUCCUACUUCCUCUCCAAUCUGUCUCUCAGCCUUGUCUGGCCAAAUGCAUGGUGAUUUGCAUUUUCGAUGCCAGUUACUCCAAUCACCACGAGAUGUGGCCUUCCGGGUUGGUUCUCGGGCAAGAAACGUCUUUCUCAAUUUGCAGAAUGAUGAGGAGAAUACUGUUGGCGUAGAAAGCCUGAAAACUGCCGCCCGACUCACUCAGGACGUGUUUUUGCGGUUCUGUGACGACGUGUUCUUUACUGAAUUCUCCGCGCCGCCAAGACCAUAGCCGUGCCAUUUCGAACCGCUCAUCUUGUAGUGCGCAAUAUUCGUCCAUCAGUCAUCAUUCGUGCGUCCACUAGUUAGCGAAACCAGUGCGCUAGGAUUUAACAACAAUCUCUCACAUGGAAUGGACACGCUCAACGGACUGAUGCAUAAAAACUGCUCAGGUUUUCCUCCCUGAAGGGCGUAGUUUCGAUCUAAAAGUAUCUUACCAACCGUGUCUCUCUGACCUGGGAUUCAGGAAUCUUGUGAUUCUUUACCAUCCAACUUGACAGUAUUCUGUCCCCUACUCCUCCCGCGACCCCCUCCCUUCCACAUAAUCACAGGCAGAAACUCUCUUUGCACACACGUUAUCAAGCUAAACUUCCCAUAUUACCCUGUCCGCUCAAGUGGAAGUUGAUGAAAUCCUCAUUUUCCCGACCGUUCUAUACCUCUGAUUUGCCGACAUAAGCUAAAUAAUCGGCGUAGUUCGAACUGACUUCAGUCUAGAAGAGAGCGGUACUGCGGUGACCCAUUUUCCCCAGCGUUAUAUGGCCCCACUUUUAGUAUGCGCAUUCCUCCUACGUACGCCAAACUGUCAGCCCUGACAGCUCGGCGCGACCUUGACGAGUUACUGUGUUAGUCAGACCCGACUGAUCUUACAACUGAUAUACGGUCGCGCCCUCUGCCCACAAAAAUAUUUAUUCUUUCUGCUUUUGUCUUGUCACCUUGAUGCUGCCAUGGCUUACAACUCCCCCAAUAUGCCCAUUCUGAACACGUGCGAUGAAAGCAGCAGCGGAAUGUGCUACUCCCAGAUUUACCUCUUACAGGUAGAGAAAAGAUCACAUGGAAGAGCCAAUUGGGCUGAUGAGUGGUGAGACAGAGGCCACCGUGAUGAGCGUCAGCGCCCUAACUACCUCUGCUCUGUAUAGGUCCACCAAAACGAAUUCAGCCGAGACACUGAUGUAACUGCUGGAUGCAAACGGAAUUUAGAUUACAGGAAAGCAUGCUUUUAGAAAAUAGCUGCGUUCCGGUGCUACCGUUCACCUGCGGGCAUAAUAAUCCUAUCGCAAUUUUAGCCCUGUUAUGUAAAACGGUGUAUUUGCCAGGGCAUCUAACUUACAGUUCAUAAAACGACUGAAUAGGAAGCAACUGAUACAAAUACCAACACGCAGCGCACGAAGAAGGCCACUCAGGCACUGCGCUUCAGGGCCAAAGCAAGGCAAGGACAUCGAAUGAAACAGUAGUAGUUGCGGAACUGAACCCUGUAGGAAAGGUCGACUACAUGAAGAUCGGGAUAUAUUGUACGCUUGGUAGUUAAAUGCAAUAGAAACGGUUGCUGUGUACCAUGGGAAGAUCACCGACUGAAAAGAAACCUGAGACAACAAGAAUAAUUGGAGAAUAUAAAAGAACAUUUCGGCUGUUUGUAGGAGCCAACCGCCCCCACGUCACUAUUUCGAGUUGUUGGCCAUAGAUGAAGUUCGAAAAGUGUUUCCAAUAGAUAUGAGGUUUACUGGAAGGUCGAUUUCUAGCUUACUGUUCUUAGUCACCCACGCUCCAACCUUAGUCCGGAUGCGGUCGGUGAUUGUAUCAGACGCGCGAGCAUUUAUCUACGGGCUCAGAUCCUAGAGGUCGCGACCGAAUAUAUUUAGAGUCAUAUUGUAGCGGUCAAAGACGUUAACGGUAGCACACAAGGGGUAACGUGGAGCUUUAUAUAGAAUUCCUGGCUAAUCUGACCUGAAGAGAGUUGUGAAACAGGUCAUUGCAGCGCUGUCGGCAACUGCGGGUGGGGCCGUGGAAAGUGCCGACGUAGAGCGGGAGUACGGUACGGUAACGACGGUAACAGCGGGAGAAGGGUCGGCGGGGACGUGAGGACGAAACACUGGCUACCUUCGCCGAUACGCGGUCACAUCAUCUUCAUCCUGGAUCCGCGCCCCAAAAGUGUCACAGCAUUCAAACAACACUGUUCAGUUCAAGUGACGUUACAAUAUGGGGCCAGCGUUUAUCGGUUUAUUCUGAUUGCAGGACGUGGGUGUUCGGAUUCAAGCUCUAUGUUUUCCCGGCGUGUGGCUGUUCUAUGACAGCCUGCAAGCCAGAAUUGACAAUUAGAAUCUCCCAUGCGUUUGUCGAGAGCACUUCUCAAUUUCUGAUUGCUCGCCGCUGGAUGACUGCCCAUAAGGGCUCUAGAUCACUGUUCUAUCCUAAAACCGAACCCCUCGUCCUAAAAUCAGAACAGGUGAAUCAACACCACUAACACCUGCCGUUAAGGUUAAUUUCCUCAAGAACCGACGAACUAAUGAAGUCUUAAUGACACUCGUUUUCAGGACGGCCACCGGCAACUGAUGUCGCAUUUUCCACCUUUUCUGGUGGAGCAGCAGUGCUUUGAGAAUUUCUCAACCCAUAUUCUAACUCUCUGCAGAAACGAAAUUGGGAAGACAUUUGACAGAGGCGAAACACAGAAAGUGGAGAGGGACGCCAAACAGCCCACAAGUUCUCCACUAAACAAGCUGACUCAAGCGGUGGGCAAAUCAAUGGGGAUAAUCCUCAUCCAUUGCUCCCGCCCAAACCUGAAGAAGGACCACCGGCUAAUUAAUGUCAAUGUCUGCAUUGAACAGAAAAAUUGUCCUGAAGUGUAUCAGCAGCAAUAUCCACGAGGAACCUGUUCAAUGAAUGAUUUUGCUGUUUCGGAUUCCUCGAAGGCGGCACCUGGUCAGGUGUUGCGCUACGCAAAAUGACUGAGAAGGCACCUUUGCCGCCUCGGUCGCAGGACCGUCUCAUGUUCUUCAAGCAUAAUCAGUCCCCUUACAAUUAAUCUUAAAGUCCGGCAAGGAAGUUCUGUGUCCAUUUAAAACUCCAUCAGAGUUUUUGUGACAAUAUCUUUAAAGUCAGAGGGCAUCUCCACUAGUCUUUUACCUAGUGGUCUGACAAUUGGACAUCAGGUACGUUCUCAGAAUAAUUUCAGAGAAAAGAUAAGGUAGGAAAAUCAUUUGUGUCAUGGGUCAGACGACGAAAUUUGAGUCUUGCCAUUCCAAACUGUGAAGCAGGCGCCCUAUCUACAAGUACCCACGAGACAGUAAUUUAACCACAACCAGUCGCCUUCAGGCCAAAUAAUAACAUUUAUUCCAGCCAAAAAUCCUUAUUAAUUUAGUGUAGUCACCACCUGACAUGCAGACAGCACACUCGCCUCGUAGAACGAGUCCUGAACCAGCCAAAGAUAACCCUAUAUGGGUAAAAUAAACCGGCAGUUUAUAUCCCUCCGGAGGAAUGCUAGGAGAAUAAGAGACUGAGAACAGCUGAGGAAGACUGCGACUAAAGUACACUGACACAACUAGCUUUCCAAACACUGAACGCCUGGACUGUUAGAACGAUUUAGUCGCAGAAUCAUCGUCGCCCGGCGAUAAGGACACCGCAAUUUACCUGCUAAUGAGCAAGCGGACUCAUUAUCGGCAGCCCCGGUGGCCAUUUAAAUGAGGCACUUGAGGAAACUCCCUCAGCGUGCAAUGUGCUACGCGAAUGGUCAACUCAGACGAUGUGACCGUCUACAAAAAGUCUGCAGCAAGCGAGAAAGCAAUAAAGGUCAAGAAGACUCUUAUAAAUACUGGAAAGUGCUCCUUUGCGGACCACUUGAUAAACGCCAAGCAUACUUCCGCAGUUGGCAAAAUGGAACAGGUAGUGUCAGAAAAAAUACCUGACGGUUACUGUGCUCGUUUUGCGCUAACUUUAAACGCUGGCCACAAUGUCUGAUGACACGCUAUAGCAAGGCUGCGCGGAGUUCAUGUAAGCUAUUAGCUACUGCUCUAAGUGCGUGUAGUACAAGUUAGGAGGCUCACGCCAUUUCAACCACUCCACCCAGUCGAAUAUCCCGUCAGCCCUAGUCGGAUUGGUCUCAUGUGCUUGGGAGGCGUGAGAGAGAGAGAGAGGUCGAUCUCGUAAGAAUCCAGUUCUUAGUUUCCUCACUAGGAAAAAGCGAGCACCUUUGAAACUACAAGGACGCGCUAAGAUACGUUUGGAAAACGGAGGAUGUGUUUUUUUCGGAAUACCCUCGCACAAUUCGCAUGCCAGCGAUGAACCAGAAUAUGCAACAAGUGGAUUCUGAUAAGCAACAUAAACGAGCAGUUUAGCGAAACCUUCCGAAUACCAGUGGUGUCGAGCAAUCACUCACUACUCUACAGUUGGUCAGGUCGCCGACGCCACCCACGUUUAAAAAGACCACUCGUUACGCCUCCGCCAGCAAAAGAAAUCCCCACACAAUCGCACCCCACGUUUAUCAUUCAGUCAUGUGAAAUUGCUCUCAUUCGUUCAAAGCUGAAGAUGAGAUUGUUGAUGUUCAAAUGGGAUGUCUGUUCAGCUGUUAACACGCAAGCACCUGACAGGACUUCGAGGUUAGAUGAAAGUAUAGGUCCAGGAAAUGUGACGGCUAAGUUAUCAACCAGAUACGAAAGACUAAAAAAAACAAAGAAAAACGGCCUAAUACUAUGCUGUCGCUGAAUCUCCAGUAGAAAAUGCGUGGAAGCGUUUAGAACAAUAGUAAAUGCAUCGGGGAGGUUUUCCUGCCAGUGGGCAAGUUUUACCGUUCGGGUCUGGGUGCAAAAGUAAAGGCCAAUCAGCGCACAGAUAAUGGAACAAAUGGCGACAAAAUAGCCGUGGCGGUAGUGUUCACCUUAGGCAGAAGAACACCGCUGCAGUUCCUUUGUGUAUGAAAAUGUGUCGGAGGGAGGGCAUUCCGAGGAAUAUAAUUUGGAGUCAAGUACGUCCUUUGGGAACAGUAGGAAACGUUAAUGGGUAAAUUUUGGACACUGGCUCCCCAGGUCGCCGUCAGACGUUGAGUAGACGGACAAAAAACAGUUUAUAUUUCAAACGUGCUUUGAAAAACAUCGAUGCUUGUUCGCUGUUUGCGCCAGUAAGCGGCAGCCGUGUGCGUCAUUACGUAUCAAUUGGUUCUCAUCUCUUCCACUUUCCCUGAGAUUCCUGUACUCAAUAUGUCGAUGUAUGCAUGACACAUCUGAGUGCACGGCUUCGGGAAAUUCUCUGCCUUUUCUGGUGGGACAGAUGCCGACAAUACGAGUUUUGUCCCAGGCGGUGUGCUAGUAUGUAGGUUAUGCAUGGAUGUGUAGGGGUGUCCAUAAGUGAGUUCACGAGACGGUUGUAAUAGGCCGCUCACUGGCCUACAGGUGCAGACUACGUCUCGAGUCCAUUUUUUGGCACCUAAAUCUCAAAUGUGGUCCCUCGAGGCUAAGCUCUGCCCAGCGGCCACAGCCCGGUAACCGCCUCGACCGGUGGGCUAAACCAGGUGAGGGUAUCCGUGUGGACAUCUGCACGCACGGUAAUGUGGACUCUGCUAGCCGGAUGGAUCUUCUCAUCGACACCGUCGAGACGAGGCUCCGUCUGGUACACCGUAGAAGGCCACAAGCUUACAGCUAUGUCGUAGACAGUCCCAGGUUAACUCGGGUCGCUCUCCCACUAACCCAAGACUUGGCCCAUAUUGGAGUUCGGCAGCGCCUAACAUUACCGAGUAGCCCUACUUAGAGAUAGCACUGCUCACCCCCACGAGAGGUAGGGGGCUAGAAAAGGUGCCCUAAAAUUGCUGGGAACCACGUUGUCUGUAGGCUGACCGUGGCCGCAGACAAGAAACACACGGUCGAAACAGUCAAAAUCGAAACAACACCCAUUUCGCUCUUCCUCGUCCUGCCCAUUCUCCUUCUUCCCCUCCUCCUCCUUUUCGCCGCCGCAAUCGCCAGACUGGCAGGGUAAGUCCGCUCACUCUGGCAGCCUGGAAUGCUCAUUCCUUUUUAGACAAUCCGAGGAGCAACCGACUGGAAUGGAGGACAGCGCUAGUGGCUCGGGAACUGGUGCGAUGCAAGCUGGACAUCGCCGCACUGAGCAAGACCCGGUUCUCUGUAAAAGGCCAACUGCAGGAGGUGGGUGCCGGCUACACCUUCUAGAGCGGUCGCCCCAGGGUAGAGCGACGGACCGCGGGUGUCGCCCCUGCCAGCCGGAACGAUAUCGUAGGAUGCCUGCGUUGCCUGUUGCAGGGCAUUAAAGAUCACACGAUAAGCCUCCGCCUGCCUCUUCGGGGAGGCAAAUUCGCCACCAUCAUCAGCGCUUACGCUCCGCCGAUGACCAGUCCUGACGCCACAAGGGACAACUUCUACGACGACCUGAAUGCCCUCCUGGCGACUGCGUCGAAGGCGGAUAAGUUGAUUGUCCUUGGUGACUUAGACGCCCACGUCGGCACCGAGCAAAAUGCCCGGGGAGGAGUGCUGGGUCUCCAUGGUCUCAACGACUCAAAUGACAACGGUCUGCUGAUUCUCCACACUUGCGGCGAACACCGCCUAAUCCUGACGAAAACCUUCUUCUAUCUGCCGGAGCGAGAGAAGACCACCCGUAGGCAUCCUCGGUCGCGUCAGUGGCACCUGUUGGACUAUGUCCUCGUCCGGGGGCGAGGUCAGCGGGACGUGCUGUUGACCAAGGCGAUCUCGAGUGCCGACAGGUGGAUCGACCAUCGCCUCGUCAUCUCGCAGAUGCGGAUUCGCCUACAGCCUCGCAGGAGACCACAAGGUAAGCGACUCCCAGGUAUGCUGAAUAUUGCCUUGUUGUCUUUGCCCGCUCACCAUCUCCAUUUCGGCAACGAGCUUGCUCAACGGCUAGACAACCUUCCGGUCGUUUCCGCUGCCGCCGCUGAUGAAAAAGCCUCCACGGAGUACCGAUGGUGCCAAUUGCCGGGCCACAGUCCGGUCGACAGCUCUGGCUGUCCUCGGUCGCGUACGUCGCCAGCGCCAGGACAGGUCUGAUGACAUCGACGUCGCCAUUAACAACCUGCUCGUCGAGAAGAGCCGCCUGCACAAAGCCUACGUCGACUGUCCCACCGAUGACAACAGAGCUGCCUUCUACCGUAGUCGCCGCCUCCUCUAACGGCGGCUUCGCGAGAUACAGGACGUCUGGACGGCUCGCAAGACUGAGGAGAUCCAAGGGAAUGCGGACCGCAACGAAUGGAAGAACUUCUUUUCCGCAGUAAAGACUGUAUACGGUCCGCCAACCAAAGGUACUGUUACUCUCUUCAACGCCGACGGCAGUACCCUACUCACCGAGAAGACACAAAUCCUACAGCGAUGGGCCGAGCACAUCCGAGACUUCCUCAUGCGUCCCCCCAUCAUCUCCGACGCUGCCAUAGCCCGUCUGCCGCAAGUGGCGACCAACGUCGACAACGACCUCCCACCCUCUCUCCACAAAGCCAUCAGAGCCAUGCAGCAGCUCUCCAUCGCGAAAGCACCCGGAUCUGACGCGAUCCCUGCUGAGGUCUACAAACACGGCGGCCCCCAACUCAUGAAUCAUUUGACUGCGCUCUUCCAGGAGAUUUGGCCUCAAGGAGAAGUCCAUCAGGAUUUCAAAGACGUCACAAUCGUACACCUAUACAAACGAAAAAGAAACCACCAGCUCUGUGACAAUCAUCGAGGAAUCUCCUUGCUGAAUAUCGUUCGGAAAAUCUUCGCUUGCGUCCUUCUCAGUCGUCUGAACAACCAUCUAGAACAAGCUCUUCUGCCGGAAAGCCAGUACGGCUUCCGCCGUCAUCGUGGGACCACGGACAUGAUCUUCGCCGCCCGUCAGCUUCAGGAGAAGUGCCAGGAGAUGCGGACCCACCUGUACUCUACCUUCGUGGAUCUGACGAAAGCCUUCGACACGGUGAAUCGUGAUGGACUGCUGAAAUUCAGGCAGAAGUUCGGCUGUCACGAGUGGUUCAUUCAGAUGGUGAGUCAGCUCCACGAUGACAUGAUGGCGCGCGUCAUGGACAAUGGAGCUGUCUCAGAGACAUUCGCAGUGACCAACGGAGUGAAGCAGGGAUGCGUGCUGGCGCCUACCCUCUUCAGUCUUAUAUUCUCUGCCAUGCUGAUGGACGCCCACCGUGACGAACGCCCUGGCAUCUGCAUCGCCUACAGGACGGACGGUCACCUCCUCAACCGCAGGCAGGUGCACCUCCAGUCGCGCAUAUCCACAACCACCGUCCAUGAACUUCUGUUCGCCGAUGACUGCGCCCUCAACGCCACCAUGGCAGGGGACAUGUGA